CAAAAACAAAGUCAAACAAAAUGAGACACGAAAUUCGUAAAGUAGUUUACCUACAUAAAUUCUUUGAUAUUAAAAAAUCAACCAAGAGUAUUGUCCAAUAUAGCUUAGAAAAACCAAGUCAAAUAUUGCUACAAAACAUACACAGUAAUUGGCUUCAAUCUUUGCAUUCGAAAAUACAUAAACAUAUGACUGUAUUUCUAAGCUCACAAUGCAAAGUAAAAAAAAUACCAUUUGGUUACAUAUCUGAAAACUUGCCUGAAUAUAGUGAGCUUUUGGAACAUGAUCUUAAUGAUUGUAUGCCAAAGAAAAGAUCGGAGUUGAGAUUCAGCCUUGUUAUUCCUGAGCAAGAUGUUAUGCAAUAUUUUAUUCAAUGGCAGAGAUAUAGAAAGUACUGGUGGAGUUCGAUUACAACAACACCAAGUGUAUUCAGCAUUGAUGAUAUCAAAUACGGAGAUAAGAGAGCUGAGGUGAACAUUGUAGCCAAAUUCCCAUGGGGUCAAGAAACUGUGGAAACUAUCACUGUUGCUUCUGAACAAAAUGAGGCUAAAGGAACAUCUACUCUAAAUUGUUCCAUGACACUCGAAAAUGCCUUAUUCGUAUUGCUAUUGGAUGCACUAACUAGCAUCACCAAAGAGGGAUACUUGCGACUUCACAGAAUGAUGGCACCAUAUCAAAUAUCAUUUGCUAUGGAUGAAGAAACAAAGAAAAAGGAGACUCUGAUUAAAUUAGCUGCUCUACUCGACCAUAGACUUAAUAAAAAGGGAAUAUCAACUUGGUUACCGGAUUUUUCUGUACCUAUGGAAUCUCAGAUUAAGGACAAUCUUCAGCUUGGUGUGGCAUACACAGCAGUUCUGAGUGAAAUGACCUUAGAAAAUGGUAUAUUUCACUUACUUAAUAGCAGUACUAUGGUAAAGGAACAAUUACACGUUGCAGAUUUCGAUCAUUACGCAGCUUUACUAUGUGGAAAACAUACUCCAAACGAAUAAAUAAUAGAAUAAAGGGUUGUAAGGUCAAUUUGUUUUUGUACAUCCAAACAAAACACCAUCUUCACUUUAAAAUUUUAUUUCACGAAUCCUUAUUUCAAGACAUUUAUGUUCUUAAGUUCUAUGUAACAAAAAUGUAAUUUUUGAUCUAACAUACUUUUUUUGCCUAACGAAUUCACCGUCUAAUAAAUUUAGUAUGACCACUUCAGAUACACGAUUUCGAUAAUGAAAACUCCCUUUACACGUAAAUAAAAAAUAAUAAAGAUUAAUUAUUUUGUUAUUUUAUUACAGUUAA